GCAUCUGGACCCUCAGGCUCAGGGCUGGGUACCUCUCCAGCUGUGGUCUCCACCAACUCUGUAGUUAUUACCUGAGCAGCUGUGGUUCUGGAGUGCUCUGCAGUUGUCUUCUCUACAGGUGUGGUACCUAUGACCUCUGAGGUUGGCAUCUGCCCAGGUGUAGUACUACCUGUGCCCUUUGCAGUUGGCAUCUGCCCAGGUGUAGUAGUACCUGUGCUCUCUGCAGUUGGCACCUGCCCAGGUAUAGUAGUGCCUGUGCCCCCUGCAGUUGGCCCCUGCCCAGGUGUAGUUCCUACUUCUUCAGUAGGCACUUGCCCAACUGUGGUGCUAGAGGCCUCUGCUGUUGACAAGUACCCAUCUGUGGUGCGGGGAACUGGGGAGGAGCCACAGGAGGUGAAAGGAAUGGCAGCCUGCAGCACUACCUGGACAGUGACUGGGCCAGAUUCUAGGCCUGCAGCUGGGACACGCUCACAGUGAAGGGCACCUGGUCUGGGAUUGGAGUCAGAAAAGGAGUCUGGGCCCGCUUUCCGCAGGGUUCCCAGGCCCCCGCUCCAGGGCCGGGCUGAUCCGACUCGCUGGCACUUCAUGGAGAACUUCCAAAAGGUGGAAAAGAUCGGAGAGGGCACGUACGGAGUUGUGUACAAAGCCAAGAACAAGGUGACGGGAGAAGUGGUGGCGCUUAAGAAAAUCCGCCUGGACACUGAGACUGAGGGUGUACCCAGUACUGCCAUCCGAGAGAUUUCUCUGCUUAAGGAGCUUAACCACCCUAAUAUUGUCAAGCUGCUGGAUGUCAUCCACACAGAAAACAAACUCUACCUAGUUUUUGAGUUUCUGCACCAGGAUCUCAAGAAAUUCAUGGAUGCCUCUGCUCUCACUGGCAUUCCUCUUCCCCUGAUCAAGAGCUAUCUGUUCCAGCUGCUUCAGGGCCUAGCUUUCUGCCAUUCUCAUCGAGUCCUGCACCGAGACCUCAAACCUCAGAAUCUGCUUAUCAAUGCAGAGGGGGCCAUCAAGCUAGCAGACUUUGGACUUGCAAGAGCCUUUGGAGUCCCUGUUCGUACUUACACCCAUGAGGUGGUAACCCUGUGGUACCGAGCACCUGAAAUCCUCCUGGGAUGCAAAUACUACUCCACAGCUGUGGACAUCUGGAGCCUGGGCUGCAUCUUUGCCGAGAUGCACCUAGUAUGUACCCAGCACCAUGCUAGGUGCUGUGGGGAACACAGAAGAAAUGGAAGACACAGUCUCUGCCCGCUGUGCUCCUAUCUAGAAGUGGCUGCAUCACAAGGAGGGGGCAUGACCGCAGUGUCUACCCCACAUCCCGUGACCCGGCGGGCCCUAUUCCCUGGAGAUUCUGAGAUUGAUCAACUCUUCCGGAUCUUUCGGACUUUGGGAACUCCGGAUGAGGUGGCUUGGCCAGGAGUUACUUCCAUGCCUGAUUAUAAGCCGAGUUUCCCCAAGUGGGCCCGGCAAGAUUUUAGCAAAGUUGUACCUCCCCUGGAUGAAGAUGGACGGAGCUUGUUAUCGCAAAUGCUGCACUAUGACCCCAACAAGCGCAUUUCGGCAAAGGCAGCUCUGGCUCACCCUUUCUUCCAGGAUGUCACCAAGCCAGUACCCCACCUGCGACUCUGAUGUCCUUUCCCCAGCCCCCACCCUCAGUCUCACCCUCUUCUCCCAUGUGGGCUUGACCUGGCUUGGCUCUGGGCUAUUUGGACUUAGGUGGGCCCUCUGAUCUUGUCUGGUGCCUCAACACUCACCUUACCCUCUUGACCAGCCAGCUUUGGGGACAGGGGGAGGGAGGGGUAAAAAUGAAAGGGAGUUUCAGUAUUAGAUGCACUUAAGUCAGCCUCUACCUUCUCCCCUUCCUCUUAGUUGUUGCUGAAGAGGGAUGGUUAAAAAAAAAAAAGACAGACUCCUUCCCCGGCACCCCACAUUGGGUCUGACAUCGCAAUCUCUGAAUGCCUAGUAAUUUUUAUUUCCUGUGUUUGGGAGUAACAGGCCCCCAAGUCUCUUGUUACCACUGUUUUUGUAAGGCCAACUGAUAACAGGGUAAGUUGAAACUUUUGAAAACCAAGCAAAACAAAAACACAAGGAGGGGUCUGUUUUAAAGAAUUAGUUUAAAAAAAUAGAUUUGAUCGGUUUAUGCCCUAUUUUUAGUGCUUCACCUCACCUAACAGACUGGGAAACUCAAGACCCAGCCCCUAGCCCCAGACCCCACUGGGCUGCAGUAGAAAUGAUUGCCCUCAAUCCCCUUGUCUGCUCCUCCUAUGAGCAAGGAAGUAUGGUAGGCUCUGGGACACAGACUGUGCUUCAUCAGGAUCCACUUUCCUGAGACAGUAAAAAGCAGAUGAGAGAUGUUUGAAUUUUUCUCUUUUAGGAUUCAUAGUUCUUCAGUUGCCAGGGAUCCCUGCUCCCAUCUUCCUCCGAAGGCCCCCCGCUUCCCCAAAGGAGUGGAAUGCUGACCCUUUUACAGGGCUGUGACUGAGUAGGGGUAUCGGGAAAAAAUAUUUCUCUAAAAGAAGGAUGAGCAAUUAUAUUUAUAUUUCAGUUAUGGUAGUUUUUAAAGUGUGUGGAUAGGGGUGGGAGGGAUUUGUUGCCAAGCGCACCUUGGGGUUUUGUAAUGCGAAUGUUAAAAAAUAUAUAUAUUUUUUCUUUUUAUGAUUUUGUCUCUCUUCCCCCAUCUCUUGUCCUUGAGUGUUCUUGCUAUU